AAUUGUAACAUUGGGGAGUUUGCUUCAUUGUUGAAUUAGAAACCGCACGAUAAGCACACACACUAAACAUGAGCGGACAAGCGGACAUUGCUCUCAUUGGCCUGGCCGUUAUGGGCCAAAAUCUGAUACUCAACAUGGAUGAGAAGGGAUUUGUGGUGUGCGCUUACAACCGCACGGUGGCCAAGGUCAAAGAGUUCCUCGCCAAUGAGGCUAAAGGCACCAACGUGAUUGGCGCCGAUUCGCUGAAGGACAUGGUGUCCAAGCUGAAAACUCCCCGCAAGGUCAUGCUGCUAGUCAAGGCCGGCAGUGCGGUUGACGACUUCAUCCAGCAGCUAGUGCCGCUGCUCUCGCCCGGCGAUGUGAUCAUCGAUGGCGGUAACUCUGAGUACCAGGACACAUCCCGUCGCUGCGACGAGCUGGAAAAACUGGGCCUUCUCUACGUGGGAUCCGGUGUGAGUGGUGGCGAGGAGGGUGCCCGACAUGGACCCUCUUUGAUGCCUGGUGGUCAUGAAGCCGCGUGGCCCCUCAUCCAGCCCAUUUUCCAGGCGAUCUGCGCCAAGGCCGACGGCGAGCCCUGUUGUGAAUGGGUGGGCGAUGGAGGUGCAGGACACUUCGUUAAGAUGGUGCACAAUGGCAUCGAGUACGGUGACAUGCAGUUGAUCUGCGAGGCCUACCACAUCAUGCAGAGCCUGGGACUAUCGGCUGACCAGAUGGCUGAGGAGUUUGGAAAAUGGAACUCAGCCGAAUUGGACUCUUUCCUCAUCGAGAUCACGCGUGAUAUCCUGAAGUACAAGGACGGUAAGGGACAUCUUCUGGAGCGGAUUCGUGAUACCGCCGGCCAGAAGGGCACGGGCAAAUGGACGGCUAUUGCUGCCCUGCAAUACGGAGUACCCGUAACGCUAAUUGGCGAGGCGGUCUUCUCGCGUUGCCUCUCCGCUCUGAAGGACGAGCGUGUCCAGGCCAGCAGCUUGCUGAAGGGACCAUCCACCAAGGCGGAAGUCGAAAACCUCGCCAAGUUCCUCGACGACAUCAAGCACGCUCUGUACUGCGCCAAGAUCGUGUCCUAUGCCCAGGGAUUCAUGCUGAUGCGUGAGGCAGCCAGCGAGAACAAGUGGAGGCUGAACUACGGCGGCAUUGCGCUGAUGUGGCGCGGCGGCUGCAUCAUUCGCAGCGUCUUCUUGGGCAACAUUAAGGAUGCGUAUACGUCGCAGCCACAGUUGUCGAACCUGCUGCUGGAUGACUUCUUCAAGAAGGCCAUUGAUCGCGGCCAGGACUCGUGGCGUGAGGUUGUGGCGAAUGCAUUCCGCUGGGGAAUCCCCGUCCCGGCCCUGUCCACUGCUCUCAGCUUCUAUGACGGCUAUCGCACAGCCAAGCUACCCGCCAACUUGCUGCAGGCCCAGCGUGAUUACUUUGGAGCCCACACCUAUGAGCUGCUGGGUGAGGAAGGCCAGUUCCACCAUACCAACUGGACGGGCACCGGCGGCAAUGUGUCUGCCAGUACCUACCAGGCGUAGGUUCCACCUUCUCCUCCUCUUCCACCGCUCUCACAUUCCAUGUCAUUGGCGCCGGGGUCUUUAGAUGUUUCUUUUUUUUUUUCUGGAGUACUUUAGUACUUAUUUAUACCAUUAAUAUAUGUGUAUGUAUAUAUAAUUUCAUCUUUGUUGUUAAACAUAACAUUAAAUUGGUGUUUUUUUUUUUGCUUGCAAA